GAAGAAGAGGACAAGCCGGAAAUUACGGCUGCUCCUUUUCCUGACGGAGCUAGAUAAACAAACAAAAGCAACGACAUUAUAUUACAUAUAUUUAUAAACCUGAGAUAAUUUUGAUGCAUAUCUAUUUAAAGAUAUGUCUACCAGGAAUAAUUUGUCCCCGUGAAUCCCCAAUAACGAAGCCGUAGAAAGGCUAGCACCCUACUGGCUAAGUUCGCUGGCAAGCUACGUCGCUAGCUAAGUGUUUAGCUCGACAUGUUUAUUUUAGUACUGGGGCGAAGGAGCGCGACAUGACGGCACGAAACUGUCGCAGUGUUAGCAAGUAGCUACACUUUUUUAUCACUUGAAGAUCGGAAGGUCGUGGGCCACAGGUGUAAAACUUGGCUGAAGUUUUUACCAGAACUGCACUCCGUAAGAUCUCUUCACCGCCACAACCAUGGCGUGGGCUCUUAAGUUGCCUCUCACGGAUGAAGUGAUCGAGUCCGGACUGGUCCAGGACUUUGAUGCCAGUCUCUCGGGCAUUGGCCAGGAGCUUGGUGCUGGGGCAUACAGCAUGAGCGAUGUCCUUGCCCUCCCCAUCUUCAAGCAGGAAGAGUCCAACCUACCCCCAGACACUGACAACAAGAUCCUUCCCUUCCAGUAUGUUCUGUGUGCAGCUACCUCGCCAGCCGUUAAACUGCAUGAUGAAACACUCACCUACCUCAACCAAGGGCAGUCCUAUGAAAUUAGAAUGCUUGACAAUCGGAAAAUUGGGGAACUUCCAGAAAUCACUGGCAAAAUGGUGAAGAGCAUUAUACGUGUGGUGUUUCAUGACCGACGACUUCAGUACACAGAGCACCAGCAGCUGGAAGGGUGGCGCUGGAACAGGCCUGGGGAUCGCAUCCUUGACCUGGAUAUCCCCAUGUCAGUCGGCAUAAUCGACCCCAGGGCUAACCCUACUCAGCUUAACACUGUGGAGUUCCUUUGGGACCCAUCAAAAAGAACCUCAGUUUUUAUCCAGGUUCACUGCAUCAGCACAGAAUUCACCAUGCGUAAGCACGGAGGAGAAAAGGGUGUGCCUUUCCGCAUCCAGAUCGACACGUUUAAGGAGAAUGAGAGCGGAGAAUACACAGAACACCUCCACUCUGCCUCCUGCCAGGUCAAAGUCUUCAAGCCUAAAGGUGCAGACAGAAAGCAGAAGACUGACAGGGAAAAGAUGGAGAAGAGGGCGCCACAGGAAAAGGAAAAGUAUCAGCCAUCCUAUGAAACCACAAUCCUGACAGAGUGCUCUCCCUGGCCUGAGGUUACAUACGUCAACAACUCACCAUCUCCUGGUUUCAACAGCACACACAACAGCUUCCCAGUUGCAGAGGGAAAUGGAUCACCAAACCACCAGCCAGAGCCUGUCGUUCAGGUAGCAGAUAAUUUGUUACCCACAGCAACACCACAGGAUGCACAACAGUGGCUUCACAGAAAUCGCUUCUCACCCUUCUGUCGGCUCUUCACCAACUUCUCAGGGGCAGACCUGUUGAAACUGACCAGGGAGGAUGUCAUUCAGAUCUGUGGACCAGCAGAUGGUAUAAGACUCUUCAAUGCACUGAAGGGACGUGUGGUACGUCCGAGGCUGACCAUCUACGUUUGCCAGGAGUCUCAGCAGGCACGGGAACAGCAACCGAAACAUGAAAACGGAGAUGCUGCUGCCAACACUUUCUUUGUAUAUCACGCCAUCUACCUGGAGGAGCUAACAGCUGCUGAGCUGACAGAGAAGAUCGCUCAGCUCUUCAACAUCUCACCCAGACAGAUAAACCAGAUCUUUAAACAGGGUCCCACUGGCAUUCACGUGCUUGUCAGUGAUGAGAUGAUUCAGAACUUCCAGGAUGAAGUGUGUUUUGUUUUGGACACAAUGAAAGACGACACAAAUGAUGGCUACCACAUCAUCUUGAAGUGAAUACUGGGGAAGAGAAUAAUGUAGCCUUUCUUUAGACCCAGUCCAGUCAGCCCCUCUAGAGCGUUCUACUCCUCGCUGUUCUUGGAAUAUGUGGCGAUGCCCCCGAAAAACCUCUUGAGGCUGCUAGGAGGAACCUGCGACUGAAGCACGUGGCCCCUCUCCUCACUUUUACCUUAUUGUCUUACUUUUGAGGGAGUGACUCCGUUACCACAGCGAAGUAACAUUUCUCCUUCCCGCCCUUCCAUUGCCUCCCUUAAAUGGUUGCAUUUUCCUCUGUUGCUUAUGUCAUAUGAAAGGGGUUAGUGGCACUACAGCUGCUAUCACUGUUUAUUUGUUUGCUGAGCAUCUGGUGUGCCAAAACUCUGUGCUUCAGAAUCAACAGUUUGUUGUUUCUUAGAAAAAACAACCAAAAAAAAUCAAGACAGUUACAUUGACAGUACUUCCAGUCUGGAAUGUAGCGUGAUUUGUUGUCGUCACGCUAGCUUGCCUUUCGGGAUCCACUUUGCCAGUCUGCAGGAAACAUGGUGUAGCUAACACGGUCACACGGUCAAAUCAAAUCAACACAACAGAGGCAUCAAAAUCAGCAAUCAGGACAUUAAGGGAAACUGCUGGAACCCAGCUGUGCUUCUGUGAUUCCUUUGAAAGCUAACAGUCUCAGUCCUUCACUGGUUUGUAUUGUUAUGUUUGAGGGAAAAAAACAAAAACAUUUCCAGCCCCCCCACUAAACACUGUCAGGUCCUCAUAGUUAGUGUAGAGCGCAUACUGGCACUGGUGGUUGUUUCUUCAGAAUCUUGAAAGAUGAUGAAACACUGUCUUAUGUGAGUGAUCACACCAGCAAACUGUCCUUGGUCCAUGUGCUUCCUAUCUCUAUCAGCUUAUUUAGCACAUUUUUGUUUUGGCCAUUUUCCAACAUUAUUUUUGAGCAGAUCAUUGCUUCAUGAUGAAUCAUGCAUUACGUUGGCAGUUUUUUUUUUUUUUAAUAAUCCUUUUUUUUUAAAAAAAAAAAAAAAAAACUUACUUACAUCUCUUCAUCAUUGUUCUUGGAUGUUACCACUUCCAAAUACUAAUCCAUGUAAUGGGCUUGUUGGACACAGCGGAGCUGCAUGUGAAAAGAUAUGGUUAGUUUAUGUUCAAUCCAUUGUGCUGCUUACAUGAAAUUGAUAGCUUGACAUUUUAGAUAUCCAUCUUUGCCCCAUCUCAUCAGCAUUAUUAAAAUACUUACCCAUGUA